GCCGGUGGACGAGCAAUCUGGUGGGUGAUGGCGAGCCAGGCCAUGGUGUAGCCGAACAGGUUGAGCAAUGCGGAGACGAGCAUGGGAGACUUUGAGCUCUUGCGAGAACAAGCUGAAGCUGGUGAGCGUGCCUCCGGUGAUUGCUAUCAGGUAGAAGCCCGACACUGCGAUGAUCCAGCGAUUGCUGGCGAUGGAGAAGAGUUCCUUGGCCAUUGCUAGCGCCAUUGCCGCCAGCGCUGUGAGAUAACAUGAAAGCUCUAUAAAAUCAUCGUGCUUUAUGAUAAGGCUUUUGCUUUGCAGUCCAUGCCACGACCGGACUUGCGUGGACGAUCUUUCCGGUUCGAUACAAAAACGUGACAAUUCCGAAGUUUCGUGGCUCCAAGUUUUCUAUGUCGUGGGUCAACUAAGUUGAGCAUUGACGCUUGAUGUGGAUCUGGGGCAGGGCCAGAUGCGGACGCUGGUCAAGUCACGGGUACGGAAAAGUCUACAAAAUGGUCUUGAGCGGGGGACGGAUCCGGAAUCGGCGCAAUGGGCACUGGGAGGACACUGAUAUCCGCAUCUCAAAGUUGAGAAAGCCUAGCAUCCAAGCAUACAUUUCCAUUUCCAUCUUUCAUCUUUCAAUCUUUCUUGCUUACACAGUCCCAUCCAUGGCUGGCAUCAAGGCAUUUGUUGACAGCUGCAACGGGACGCUGGACAGCGUUCCAGACAGAUACAUGAUGCCGAAUGAAGCUGCCGAUGUCUCCCGGUACGCGGUGCUGCCGAUAGUCGAUGUGGCGAGCGAGAGCUUCGAGAGGGAUCUCGUUGACGCUUGUACAAAGUACGGAAUGUUCUACCUCAAGAACCACGGAAUUCACACCGAGGAUGUGAUGAGGUGCGCUCUCGAGUUCUUCAACUCGCCCAGCGAGGACAAGAUGCGGUACUACACCGAGGAGAUCUUCACACCCGUCCGCUACUGCACCAGCAUGAUGCCUUCGAAAGAAGAGAAGCUCGAGUGGCACGACCACCUCCAGAUGUGGCUCAAGGAAGAGUCCCUCGGAGCGCACCCCUGGCCCGCGUUCCCAGCCAGCUACAAGGACAUUGGAUCCGAGUACGCCAGAAACAUCUUCAAGCUCGGGAAGAGGAUGCUGUUGGUCAUGUCCGAGGGACUUGGCCUCCGCUCAAACCGUCUUCUGGAAGCAUUCGCAGACAUGGUUCUUCUGACGCGAGCAAACUUCUAUCCGACUUGCCCGAAUCCGAGGCAGGCCUUGGGCAUGGAAGGCCACACAGACAGCGGCGGCCUCACGUUUGUGCUCCAGGAUGGAGUCGGGGGAUUGCAGCUGAAGCAAGGCGAGGAUUGGUACAACGUGAGGCCACUCGAGGGAAUGCUGGUGGUCAACAUGGGCGAUCAGCUAGAGAAGCUGAGCAAUGGGAGAUACAAGAGCAUAUUGCACAGGGUGAUGGUGAACUCGAAGAGCUCAAGGCUGUCCGUCGGGGCGUUCCUGGGGCCGUCACUAGACGCGGAGAUCAGCCCGAUUCCAGAACUGGUGAGCCAGGAGAGUCCGGCAAAGUACCGCAGCAGGACUUAUAGGGAUUACAUGCACGAGGUGUACACGGAGCACUUCUCCGGGAAGAAUGUCUAUGUGGCUUGAGUCUUUGGGGGUAGUCAAAGGCAUCAAUUUUUUUCUCAUUCUCACAAAUAAAACAGUUGCAAGAAAUGUUUGCUCACAAGGAUCUUAGUUUGAUAAGCAAAGAUUUUAUCACAAUAUUAUAUAGAGGUA